CCAAGCUGAGGAGAAGCGACAGAAGGAAAACCAGGCCGCCACCCGGAUUCAGAGCUGGUUCAGAGGCUGCAAGGUGCGGGCUUACUUCAGCCAUCUGCACAAGAAGGCAGUCAUUAUACAGAAGAUAUGGCGGGGCUUCACAGCAAGGGCACGUUUCAGACAAAUGGUGAAGGCGGCAUAUUUUAUCAUGAAGAUGAAUUUCUACGAGGAGAUGGCGGUCAGGAUCCAGCGGAGAUGGAGAGGAUUCUUUGUGAGGAAGUACAUUCAUAAUUUCUACGCACGCAAGAGCUAUCUGGAAGGACUUUUCAGGAAAAAUGAACUUGUCAGGAGGGAGCUGGAGGAACUGGAGGAACUCCAAAAGAGAGAGAGAGACUGUCUGGAGAUGGUGAAAGAGCAGACAGCCAAGGUCUACCAAGCUCACCGGUUACACCACCUUCUCAGUACGAAGCAGAGCCCAGGGGUGUUCAACUCUCCAUUCAGGUCAGCCCCCCAUGAGAUGGAACAACUGCUGAGGCAGGUCAAGUACCAGGCCCCCACCAGGCUGGCUCCCGGAGGCAGGGCUUGUCUCUUGAGUAUGCCUGGCCCAGCAGCCCCCGGUUUCUCUGGGAGUCAUGGAUCCCCAUGGAUCAAAACCACUCAAACCUGCUGCUCCUCCAGGCCCAUACUGCCCCCCAUUGGCAGCAAAAAACAGCAGGGUGUGUUCAGAGAGCCUGGGGAAGUGUGGGAGCAGCGCAUGCAUUGUCCUGACCUGACGUUGCAUCUCCAAACCUCUUACACACACCUGGAAGAGGCCCAGAAUCGGCUUCAACAACACGGGUCCAUAAGACUCCACAGCGACACACUAGGCCGAGGAACAGGACGAAUGCUCCACCAUCUCAGCCACAGCAGCAAUUCCUUCGCACAGCCAGCCUACGCAAAGAGCUUCAGAUAGUAGAUAACACACUGACUCAAAGAGGAGUCAUUCAAGCCAGUGUUCGCCACCUACAACGUCUGUGAUAAGUUUCCUCAUCUGUACUCCAAGGCAGGCACCAUUGUGUGUUCUCCUCCGGUUCUGAGAACACGAAGAGAACGUACGAAUAAAGAAAGAUUGC